AUGUCGAGACAGCACGUCAAAACAACACUACCACUAUUGAACCGUCGGAGGGAACAAGAACUAAUACGGAAACGACGGCACAAUCUCUUCAAGAGAUUGACGGAGUUUAAUGGCCGUUAUAAAAUUGACAUAUGGAUGGCAAUGCGAAUGCCAAGCAGGCGAAUCUAUACCUUUACUACUGAGGAAGAUGCAGUGUGGCCAAAGGAGAUCGGUGCUAGGAUCCAGGGCUUGCCUAUUACCCGGAAAACCCCUGCAGAUUACAUUGCCAAGUGGACAGCGAAAGAAAGUAGCAAGCCCAUAAUUUCUCGUCAAGCGCAACAGCAAGAUGAAGGUCUCGCUGCUUCUUGUGAGGCGCAAGAGACCUCUAAACGCUGCAUGCGAGAAGCAACCAGCAACCAGCAUAGACCCUUGGAAGACCAAGGCGCUUUGGGCGCAGCGGUGAGACUUAGUCAGGAUGCUCCACUGAAUUGGAACUUCCGUGGUCUACUAUCAUUCAUCGCAAGUGUGGGAAUCUAG